AUGAUGAAUAUAGUCAGGAAAGUAUACUUCUUUGAGGCUCACCUUAAAAGACAAAGAAAGCUAGAAGAUGUCAUUUCUGACACACAACCCUCUUCUACCUUCAAUAAGCUAAAGGAUCUUUGUCGUACUCGAUGGGUCCAACGACUAGAUGCUUUCACUAUUUUCUCCUCUCUCUAUCAGUCUGUACUGGCAUGCUUUGAGAGUAUUUAUCUUGAUGGUCCUGCCCUAUGGUCAAAUGACUCUAUAACAGAUGCUAAUACCUUAAGGCAUGCCAUUACCAUUACUGAUUUCAUUUCCAGCUUUGUCAUCACUAAGUCAUCCCUUCAGUAUCUACACUCCUUGACCGCAAAUCUCCAGGGAAGCUCCACAGACAUCAUACAUGCUGUGAAGGAAAUAGAAACCAUAACAUCAACAAUUCAGAACAUAAGAGAUAACAUUGACACCUACCAUGAUGAAUGGUUUACUGAAAUCAAGGAGGUGUGUGACACUGCUGGCACAGUUCCAUCUACUCCACGUACCUGUGCUCGUCAAGCUCAUUGUAGCAAUACACCUGCCAGUUCCCCUUCAGAGCACUACCUUCACACAAUAUCCAUUCCCCUUAUUGACCAUUUGUUAUUUGAGCUAAAAUCUAGGUUUUCUAGUCAUCAACCUGUGGCUUUACUUAGCCUCUGUAUCGUACCUUCAGCAAUGCUAGUUUUGCCUGUUCCUGAAUUUUUGACGCAUUCAUUUCAGUUGGCUGACAAGUAUAAGGAUGAUCUUCUAUCUCCAAAUUCCUUUGCCAGUGAAUGA